CGAAUGGAUGUUGAAAGGGAAGAAAGCUAGUAGCCGAUCCAGCCAGCUUCAAUGGCGGUGUCCGUGGCAACGUUCUUGCCUACGCGAGAAGAAUCUGCACCAGAAGCAGCGUGUGUUAUUGUUAUCAGAUAAUUGAAUUAAAUUCUUCUCGUGCGGCUAGAAGUUGGGCGCUUCGUUAACUGCAGCGCCGCUAUGCUGGGUAUUAACGCGAGAGAGAGCAAAAGAGGCGGACCCCGAGAGUAGCAUACGUAAGAAAACGGAGUUGUGUUGCUAAGGGUAAAUGGUGAGGUGAUUGCUAGUUGAAGAAAUAUCUGUUUCCAUAAAAAUAAAGCCUGCUUGUGGGUAGGCAGGCGACAUCUCGCAUCUCGAGCGGUGUACUGCAAUUGACGGAGACAGAGAGCAACGGUUCUGGUCGACGACGUGGUCGUUUCCGGUCGCGCGGGUAAAGAGACAAGUGCGUUGAUUGUGCGUACGACGAAAACAAACGGGUGGUGGUAAUUUUCGAGCCGUUGUUGUACUGCACACGAUAGAGAAAGAGAGAGAGUGAGUGUGUGAAGAACACAGUACGCGAUUUGUAUCAUCAUCCGCAUCCAAGAUGGCACCGGUACGUGGGGAUGGAAUGCGCGGUCUAGCCGUGUUUAUAUCGGACAUCAGAAAUUGCAAAAGCAAAGAGGCGGAAAUCAAGCGCAUCAACAAGGAGCUGGCCAACAUUCGGAGCAAAUUCAAAGGCGAUAAAACGCUGGACGGAUACCAGAAGAAGAAGUACGUCUGCAAGCUGCUGUUUAUCUUUCUGCUGGGCCAUGACAUCGAUUUCGGUCACAUGGAGGCGGUUAAUUUGCUUUCCUCCAACAAAUACUCGGAGAAACAAAUCGGCUAUCUGUUCAUUUCGGUGCUGGUCAACACGAACAGCGAUCUGAUUAAACUCAUCAUCCAAAGCAUCAAGAACGAUCUGCAGUCGCGGAAUCCGAUCCACGUGAACCUAGCGCUGCAGUGCAUCGCCAACAUCGGCAGCCGGGAUAUGGCGGAAGCGUUCUCGAACGAAAUCCCGAAGCUGCUCGUGUCGGGCGACACGAUGGAUGUGGUGAAGCAAUCGGCCGCCCUCUGCCUGUUGCGCUUGUUCCGCACCUGUCCGGACAUUAUCCCGGGCGGUGAGUGGACGAGCCGGAUCAUUCAUCUGCUGAACGAUCAGCAUAUGGGGGUGGUAACGGCGGCGACCAGUUUGAUCGAUGCGCUGGUGAAGAAAAACCCGGAAGAGUACAAGGGAUGCGUCAGCCUGGCCGUGUCGCGCCUGUCCCGCAUCGUAACCGCGUCCUAUACCGAUCUGCAGGACUACACGUACUACUUCGUGCCGGCACCGUGGCUGUCGGUGAAGCUGUUGCGUCUGCUGCAAAACUAUAACCCACCGACGGAAGAUCCGGGCGUGCGGGGCCGGCUGAACGAGUGCUUGGAAACGAUUCUGAACAAGGCGCAGGAGCCGCCCAAGAGCAAGAAGGUGCAGCACUCGAACGCGAAGAAUGCGGUCCUGUUCGAGGCGAUCAAUCUGAUCAUACACAACGACAGCGAGCCGAGUUUGUUGGUGCGCGCGUGCAACCAGCUCGGCCAGUUCCUGAGCAACCGCGAAACGAACCUGCGCUACCUGGCGCUGGAAUCGAUGUGCCAUCUGGCAACGUCCGAGUUUUCGCACGAAGCCGUCAAGAAGCACCAGGAGGUGGUGAUACUGUCGAUGAAGAUGGAGAAGGAUGUGUCGGUGCGCCAGCAGGCGGUCGAUCUGCUGUACGCGAUGUGCGAUCGCUCGAACGCGGAAGAGAUCGUGCAGGAGAUGCUCAACUAUCUCGAAACGGCCGAUUACUCGAUCCGCGAGGAGAUGGUGCUGAAGGUCGCGAUACUGGCCGAAAAGUAUGCGACCGAUUACACGUGGUACGUGGAUGUGAUUCUGAACCUGAUUCGAAUUGCGGGCGAUUACGUGUCGGAAGAGGUGUGGUACCGGGUGAUCCAGAUCGUGAUCAAUCGCGAAGAGGUGCAGGGUUACGCGGCAAAGACCGUGUUCGAAGCGCUGCAAGCGCCUGCCUGCCACGAGAACAUGGUCAAAGUGGGUGGUUACAUACUGGGCGAGUUUGGAAAUUUAAUUGCCGGCGAUUCACGUUCGGCACCGAUGGUACAGUUUAAGCUGCUGCACUCCAAGUAUCACCUGUGCUCGUCGAUGACACGGGCACUGCUGCUGUCGACGUACAUCAAGUUUAUCAACCUGUUCCCGGAGAUCCGGGGCACCAUCCAGGACGUGUUCCGGCAGCACAGCAAUCUGCGGUCGGCCGAUGCCGAGUUGCAGCAGCGGGCGAGCGAGUACCUGCAGCUCAGCAUUGUCGCUUCCACCGACGUGUUGGCGACCGUGCUGGAGGAGAUGCCCUCGUUCCCGGAGCGCGAAAGCUCCAUACUGGCGGUGCUGAAGAAGAAGAAACCGGGCCGGGUGCCGGAGAAUGCGGAGAUACGCGACAGCAAGAGCCCGGUACCGAACAGUCAUAACAAUGCUCACAACAAUGCUCAAACCAAUCACACUUCCAGUGCAAACAACGCAAAUGCUAGUUCCGAUUUGCUCGGACUAAGCACUCCACCGGCCAGCCAGUCUGGCACGCUGAUCGACGUGCUGGGCGACAUCUACAGCACAGCCAACGGUAACAGCAGUGUGGUUAAUAAUUCCAAAAAAUUCGUUUUCAAAAACAAUGGUGUCCUGUUCGAGAACGAUCUGCUCCAGAUCGGCGUCAAGAGUGAGUUCCGCCAGAACCUUGGCCGGCUGGGCCUGUACUACGGUAACAAAACGCAAACGGCACUGCAAAACUUCGUACCCACCCUGCAGUGGUCGGCCGAGGAUGCGCUUAAGCUGAACGUGCAGAUAAAGGCGGUAGAACCGACGCUCGAGGCGGGCGCCCAAAUACAGCAGCUGCUCACGGCCGAGUGUAUCGAUCACUAUCUCGGCGCACCGUCGAUCAUCAUCUCGUUCCGGGUGAGCGGUGGUGCGCAGCAAAAAAUUACCGUCAACCUUCCGCUGACGAUCAACAAGUUCUUCGAGCCGACCGAGAUGAACGCGGAAUCGUUCUUUGCCCGGUGGAGAAAUCUUGGCGGUGAGCAACAACGGGCGCAACGGGUGUUUAAGGCACAGCAACCGCUCGAUUUGCCUGGCGCACGCAACAAGCUGACCGGGUUCGGUAUGCAACUGCUGGACAGCAUCGAUCCCAACCCGGACAAUAUGGUUUGUGCGGGAAUUAUUCAUACGCAGGCGCACAAGGUGGGCUGCCUGCUGCGUUUGGAGCCGAAUAAGCAGGCACAGAUGUUCCGCUUGACUAUACGAUCCAGUUUAGAGGCAGUGACGCAAGAAAUAUGCGAUCUUUUGGUGGAUCAGUUUUAAAUCUAAUCCCCCUCCCCCUCGAGCAUAAUAUUGUCGUAUAUCCUCCUAUGGUAAGAGAGAAAGAGACAGAGAGAGAGAAUCGUACUUGGUCCCCAUUGACGGAAGGUAAUAAGAGUUGGGAGCCUUGUCCCGGCAUCGUAUCGUUGCGCGAAUCUGAUGGACGUUGGAGAUAUUAUGCAUGGUGGUGCCCAAGGCAUAGCUGCACCGUGCGCAUGGUAGUAUUUGCAUCGAUAUGUGUGUGUGUGUGUGCGUGUAAAGUAUAUAUACAUAUACAGCUUGAUGGUCAGUAAAACGAGGUGUGAAUAAUGCCAUAAGCACUAGUUGAAUCUUUACCCGGGAGGCAACACAUGACAAGGAACUCCAAUGAACUUUAUCCAACUCUACCUGCCGAGAGAGAGAGAGAGAGGGAGGUAUGAGUUACAGCAGGCUAUCUUGUUCACUAUAUGUUAAACAUGUUCUAUGAGAGGAAGAAGAUCUGUUUUUGUGUGUGUGUGUGUAUGGUACAUAGGAAAAAAAUAUGUACCGUCACAAUCUACUUGGACUGGAUUAAUUCGAAAGCCAAAGCUUCCGGGGAAGUACCAACAUCACGGAUAUCGUGUUAUCCCUAAGCUUCCUGAAAUGGUGUCCCCCCCCCCACUAAAAACGUGUAUCGACCAUUGAAAUGAAAGGAUAAUAGACAACGAGAUCGAGAGAGAGAGAGCGUAAAAAAAUAAACUAUUAAAGCAAAACCUUAUAUAAAUAUCCUAUUUGAAGUAAACAAAGCUAAACUUAAUCAGAACACAGUGUUGAGGUGGAUUUGCUUUACUUGAAACUUGAUGAGAGAGAGAGAGAGAGAGAGAGAGAGAGUGAGAGAGGCGAUUAGGUGAGAUAGAGAUAGAGACCAGAUGACAACAGGAGACACAAGCAGUAAUCUCAUUCUCAAUGUUUAGGAAGGGCGAAUAAAUGACAAAACAACACACCCUUAGUUUAGGAAACUGUUUUUUCGUUGUUCCAUACGACUGCGAGACAGGAAAGCAAAGUUAGACUCACUAUUCCACAGUUGUAUUUGCGAAGCAUCGAAAAGUCGAAAAAUUAUUAUUGUUUCUGAAGAGGACCACCAGAUCGCGAUUAGGUAAAUCGUACGCACCUCUAAAUGUAGAUAAAUCCACUUCUCAAAAAGGGCGGAACAUCAUACACAGUCAGGCACACACUACUAGCGCGACCACGUGCUGCAGCUGGUCGGACGGAAAGAGCGCAGCGUUCUUAGCUUAAAUAUAUGUUCCAGUAUAAUAUCCUCGUAGGUGGGAAGCAAAAAAGCGAAAGGGGUAGUAGUAGUAGUAGUAGAAAGCGAGAGUGUAUUCGAGCGUACGCUAGCAAGCAUCAUGGCACUGUUAAGCUGCACAAAACAACAAGGUCCUCCCAAACUGGCUUGCUGCUUGUAAUCGGUGAAAUUUCUCCCACGAUUUUCCAUCCGCGUAUAAAUGGCCGUGCAAUAGGGGCAGCAAGUGGUUGAUUUACGUUUGCUGAAACGAAACUGAGGCGAUAGGUGUCCGUGUCGCGGUGUGUUUAAAAAUGAUUUUUUUUUUUGUAUCGUUGCAAAUAUACAUAUAAUGCACUAAGCAAAAGUUGUACAUUGUAGAAAGUUGUAUUUAAAACAAAAAAGCAAGGAGGACAGUUAAAUAAGCUCUGCAAAAGAACAGUACGCACUACGCGACGAGAAGGAAGGUGGGAACCUUAGUAAUCUAAAUGAUAGUGAAGGGAAACAAAUGCAUCAUACUACUACAAUCUUUCAUCAUUCAUCGUCUCUCAUUCCUCGCUUUCCCAUUCGAACUCUUUCCUCUUAGAGAGUUUGAUUCAUUCGCAGCGGCAUACAGUUUUUGUUGUUGUGUCUUUCCUAGUAGAAGAUCGCGCCUAGUCUACGAACAAGAUACAAUAUGUAUUAGGCUUAAAUAAACGCAGGCAUACGCAUAGUUGGCUGGAGGACAUUCCAAAAACCUAAAAAACAAGGUAGUUGGGGAAAAAAAAGGGAUCCUUAAAAAUAUAAGCAAUCGACCAUUCGAAAACGAAAGCCCCUCCCCUGCUGUUCCGGUGUAAAGUGAGUAGCUUAAUAUGAGUAGAACAAAACCCACACACACACGCGUACAUUGUUAUUUGAUGAUAAAAAACAAAACUGGAUGACUAAAUAAAGCGUGUAAGCGUGCUGCUCCUCUUUAUCUCUCGCUCUUGAGGGUACGUGCGUUCAAUGCGCCGGUUGUCGAAAGGACCAGUAAGGACAGCACAGCAUUGGCGCGUUUCGCACUAUUACAGGAUCCUGUCAGCAAAAAAAAAAAACAAAACAAAAAACAAACAUAACGCUCUAGACUAGCAUUAACUAAACGAGUUAUAGAAAUGUGUCAGUAAAACCGCAAAAACAAAAUGGAACAGACGGUACGAUAAUCGUAACAUAUUAUACCAGAUACCGGCUGGAAAACGAUGGACAACCCAACAACGGACAAACAAAAAUCCAUACAAAAGGCGCGAUAGCGAGCACAUAGGCCGGGAGAUGUGAGUGGAAGGAUGAAAGGAAAAUAAUAUAUUGAAAAUAUACACAUGUUAUUGAAUCUGAA